ACGCGACGAACUAGCCAGGUAGAGACUCAAGGUGCUCACCUGCCUAAGUGGGAGGCACAGUUUAAGUUUAACUGCCCACCCAGGCACUACUACCUGACCAAUGUGAUCUUCCGCCAACCAGUGAUCACUGAUCCUGCAAACGAAGGGAAGAUCACUCGAUCGGUUUGCAAACCCCUCAAGAGAUUUUCAAUUUCUCGAAAGAUUUUUUUAAAAGAAAAUUUCAAGUGCAACACUGAUACUUUGGUUCGUGACCUUAUCUCUCUCUGGUCAGUGAAUUCCCGAUAGCAGUUUUUUUUCGCCAAGUGUCCAGACUCUUAAGAAUAGAGUCACGUGCGAUUUAGUGUCUGAGUUUGUGACUUAAUGUUGUACAAUUUAUAAAUAUAGUGCAGUGAAGAAUCCAGACGUACAAAUUGUGUUUUAGAUUUUAUCACAAAAAAACAUCUAAUAAAAGCCCCUGUGUGUGAAAAAUCCACACCGGGGUGGAAUGUUUUCCCAGUGCGAAAAGUAGUGUGUCAAGGAGAAUUCCAGCUAAUUGUACACUUCUUCCAUAUUCCCGCCAAAUAAAUUAGACUGACUUUAGAGGAACAAAAUGAGCAAGGGCGAAGGAAGAAACGCAAUUGGUGGUUUAAAUACCCACAAUAUUCCGUGGGCAGAUGACGACGUGCAAGUGGAUGGUGCAAAUUCGGCCACAGUGAUUGUAAGCAGUGCUGAAACGGUGUCCAGUGAGGAAUCACGUCGUCGGCGAUCACUGAUGGCACGCAGAACACAUGGAAGUCCUCUGUACAUUAAGAUUCCACAAGAAGAACAAGCAUCAGGAAGUUCAUCGAGCAAGGCUGACACACCUGGGAAUGUUACAAGUGAUGAUGAAGAACCAGGACCACUCAAGGAGAGGGAAAGUGGAGAAAAACGUGGUCUCAGGAGAAAUUCCAUUUCACUACCAACUCUCAAUGCUGCUGAUCUGGAAACUCUCGUUGCGGUCCAUGAUGCUGCGCAAGAAGUGCGCGAGAAACAAGCCAAGAAGGAUGAUGGUGAAUCCAUGGUGUGUAGCAUUGAACCCGACACGGAACAAUCUUCCGAGGAUGAGGAAAAGAAACCCGCCAAGAAGUAUAUCUUCCGUACAAAGAGACGCUCCUCCAUUGCACCCCUUCCUGCCCUGAGACUCAACGACAAAGAGAUGAUUGCCAACGAAUUCGACAGCCAGAGUGUCACCACUCAAAAUUCCAUCACAAGUGCUAGCUCUCUGGCAUCUCUGCUCAAGGAGAAGAUUCAGAUGUUCCCAUCGAUGAUAAAGAAAAAGAAGAAAUCAAAGGACUUCAAGAUAAAGGCCUUUGUUGCUUGUUUGUUCCUGAUCAUCGUCUUCCUCGUGGGAUAUGCGUACAUUAUGUACAACCAGCAGGUGCUUGCUCGUUCCUACUUUGAUCGCGUAAAAUUGAACAAGGGCCAGCGUGUGAUUGGAAUCUACAACGAAAAGGGUGUUCUGAUGGUAACUGGUCGUUUGGGUACGACUAUACAUUCAGAGAAAGCCUACCACUGCCUCACGAAUAAUACGCUGGAAGAUGGAAGUGUGUGUCUGGAAUGGGAUGGCAAGGCGAGGAUGUAUCUCAAUUUCCAGGAACUCAGUCCAUCUGUUCCCUGCUACACGAUUCGUUGGCAAUCACUGUCUCCGGAUGUUUUACCUACGGAUUGCUAUGAGUCUUUUAUGGGUCAAGGACAUUGGUAUGGGGGUGGCUUAACACGUGGUGGGAACUGGCCUUUGGAGACGGAAUCCUUUCCAUUUGCACCCUUCAUCACGGGUGAUGCUAAACGACAGCAGUGGGGAAAUGUCCUGAAGAGAUACUUUAUAAGUUCACGCGGUGUGGCAAUUCAGGUGGAUGAGAAAUCCCCUCUAUAUGUCAGCAUGAACGAUAACAAAUCAGGCGAGAUGUGCUUCCGUGCGAAACAUGAUCAUUUUGCCUUUGUCAAUCGCCUUACGCCACUUCCUGAGCUGAAAUACAGAAUUUGCACGAGCGACAAUAUGCGUCAGUUGCAUCAGCAGAUGACACAGCAGAGUCUCUGGGAUGGACUAAAAGAGCAUGAUAUCAAUGUUGUUCAUUCCCUUCUGGAGGAGCCAGUUUGGCAAAUUCCAUCUUCUGGCGGGAAAGGUAUCACGGGAGACAGCAUCCACAACUACACUGAGCGCGUAAUCGCACUGGGAUUCCUCCGUUUAGGCCAUGUGCUGGUCAAUGAAUUCUGGCAGAGACACAUUGGAGACUUUACGCUGGAAACUGAACGAUUCCCAAAUCUCGAGGAGACCGUUACAAUUCUCCAUCGUCGUGGCUUUAGGAUUGUCUUCUCAGUUCAGCCAUACAUAAGCACGGAUAGUGAUAAUUUCGCUCAGUCUGUAGCGCAGAAACUUCUAGUCUACGAGAGGCAAUCUGAGAGAAGUAUUCCUGCCCUGACGAGGUAUAAAAGUGUUGCAAGUGCAGGAGUAUUGGAUAUCACAAAUAAUGCGUCAAUUCCUUGGCUCAUUGAAAAGCUGGAGAAGAUUCAAAAAACUUACAAAAUUGAUGGAUUCUACUUGGAUUUUGGAACUUCUCAGAACAUGCCCCACUAUUAUCAGUGCAAUAAAACCCUCUACAAUCCGGAUCAAUAUAAAACAAUCUUCACAACUGCCCUCGAGGGUGUUAUCAGUGUUAUUGGAGUAUCAAGUGCAGUAACUGUUCCUCGACCACCUGCCUUUGUUAGCCUACCUCCGGUAAAUUCAUCCUGGGAAGGACUUCGAACUGUCGUGACCAGUGCUCUGACAUACGGCAUCAUUGGAUAUCCAUUCAUAAUGCCAGGUCCAAUUGGUGGAGAUUAUCUGCUCCCUCCUUCAGCUUCCAAUGAAACUGUAUCAUUCUACUUCAUGGAAGAGCCUCCACUUCCGGAUCAAGAACUCUACUUACGUUGGAUGCAACUGGCAACGUUCCUACCUGUGAUCAGAUUUACUCAUUUACCGUCAGAGUAUAAGAGUGAGCUGAUAAUGGAAGCAGUAAAGGAAUUGACGCUUAUUCGGCAGAAGGCAGUCAUUCCACUGCUCAAGAAGUACCUCAGUGAUGCCAUGAAUGAGGGUCUACCACUCAUUAGACCUCUCUGGAUGUUGGAUGCUCAGGACACGGCUUGUCUCUAUGUCAAUGACGAAUUUUCAAUUGGUGAGGAUCUCAUUGUAGCACCUAUCCUCGAGAAGGGACAAUUACAGCGAGAAGUUUAUCUGCCUCAGGGUGUCUGGAAAGAUGGGAUUGACGGUUCCCUGCGCAAAGGAAGCCGCUGGAUUCACAACUACCGCGUGCCUGAGGACAAAGUGGCUUAUUUUAUGAAAAUGCCCGACAAUACGAGAUUCUAAGACGGGAGAGACGUUUUUUAAAAAGUAUUUUAGACCCAAUAUUAUUUUAUUUUAUAUUUUAUGAUUAGUGAUAUUAAUUAAUUUUUAGUGAUAUUGUUGUGAGAAUUCCUUUUAAAAGAUAAAAUUAUAAUAAACUUGAAAUUUGUGUAAA